AUGACGCGCUGGCCGCAGGAGCGCCUGGGAGUGGCCGCCAAGCUGGUCCCCAAACAAAACUGGAGCCAAUGCGCUCUCUGGGGUCCUUCACAUCCUGCCACUGAGCGACCCGAAGGAAAUCAGCCACUUCCUGGCUCUGGGGCUUCACCUUUUAAGCUCCCCGGGUCCGCCCUGAGCCGUGGCACGGCCUCGCCUCGCUCCCGCGCCCAGAGCGGCGCUCGCAGGUCCGUGGCUGCCUGCACAGAGCUAGGAGCCCCAGACACGUCCACCUGCAAGGUGAACUAUGCCGUCCUGUGCCAACCAACAGGGAUCAGGGGAAGGUGGACAGAGGGGGUGCACAUCUGUUCCCCUCAACCCCCAACCCCAGGUCAGAUCUCCAUUCCCACAAUAAACGCUUACCUAUGUGACAUCUCUCAGGAUAUUCGAGCUGAUAGUUUUUGGAAGGACAAGAGGGCACGGAGAGUUUCAGGCUCCCAGCGGCCCUGCCCUCUGAACAUCAGACAAUGCUUCUACAACACAGCUUUAAUCAGCAGCAAAAUAAAAUGGGGCUCACUGAAUAAGGCUUACAAAGAUGAUGAGCUCCUGCCUGGGUUUGCAUUGCCUGCUGUGCAGACGAGCCGCAUCUGUGGAUUCCUCCUUAGUCGGACCAAGUUGCCAUCUUUCCCUUGGCGCCGAAGAGCAAACACGUGCCCAGCCUCUGCAGCGACAACCAGGUGUUCUCCUGGACUCACCCUGGCCGAGACCCGCUCGGUGGAGCUGGCAUCUGCCCGGCACUGGCCGAGGCUGCUGGAGUACGGGCUGUCAGGCUGCAGCUGGUUAAGAGUCAGGCUGGCUUCUAACUCACAGGCUCGGGUGCAGGAAGAAGAGGUCGUGGCUUUUUCCGGCACCUUUGUUCCCAUCCCACCUCCAGGGGGCGCCACAUUCCUUCUGAUGGGCAGCCAGCCCCAGCUGAGGGGAACCAGAUGUGAGAGCCGGAAGCGCACCCUCACCCUCCCUUCCCAGCAGCUGGCUAGAAGGCCUCUCUUAAAAGGCCCGGGCGCCAGCGCCCUGGAUCCGCCGGCCGUGGUCGCGGAGUCGGUGUCGUCCCUGACCAUCGCUGAAGCGUUCAUCGCAGCCGGCGAAAGCUCAGCUCCGACCCCGCCGCGCCCCGCGCUUCCCAGGAGGUUCAUCUGCUCCUUCCCCGACUGCAGCGCCAAUUACAGCAAGGCCUGGAAGCUUGACGCGCACCUGUGCAAGCACACGGGGGAGAGACCAUUUGUUUGUGACUAUGAAGGGUGUGGCAAGGCCUUCAUCAGGGACUACCAUCUGAGCCGCCACAUUCUGACUCACACUGGAGAAAAGCCGUUUGUUUGUGCAGCUAAUGGCUGUGGUCAAAAAUUCAACACAAAAUCAAACUUGAAGAAACAUUUUGAACGCAAACAUGAAAAUCAACAAAAACAAUAUAUAUGCAGUUUUGAAGACUGUAGGAAGGCCUUUAAGAAACAUCAGCAGCUGAAAAUCCAUCAGUGCCAGCAUACCAGUGAACCUCUGUUCAAGUGUACCCAGGAAGGAUGUGGGAAACACUUUGCAUCACCCAGCAAGCUGAAACGACACGCCAAGACCCACGAGGGCUAUGUAUGUCAAAAAGGAUGUUCCUUUGUGGCAAAAACAUGGACAGAACUUCUGAAACAUGUGAGAGAAACGCAUAAAGAGGAAAUACUAUGUGAAGUAUGCCAGAAAACAUUUAAACGCAAAGAUUACCUUAAGCAACACAUGAAAACUCAUGCCCCAGAGAGGGAGGUAUGUCGCUGUCCAAGAGAAGGCUGUGGAAGAACCUACACAACUGUAUUUAAUCUCCAAAGCCAUAUCCUCUCCUUCCACGAGGAAAGGCGCCCUUUUGUGUGUGAACACGCUGGCUGUGGCAAAACAUUUGCAAUGAAACAAAGUCUCACUAGGCAUGCUGUUGUACAUGAUCCUGACAAGAAGAAAAUGAAGCUCAAAGUCAAAAAAUCUCGUGAAAAACGGAGUUUGGCCUCUCGUCUCAGUGGAUAUAUCCCUCCCAAAAGGAAACAAGGGCAAGGCUUAUCUUUGUGUCAAAACGGAGAGUCACCCAACUGUGUGGAAGACAAGGUGCUCUCGACGGUUGCAGUACUUACCCUCAGCUAAGAACUGCACUGCUUUGUUUCAAGGACGGUAGACGAAGGAGCUUACUUUCUCUCAGAGCAUGCUUUUCUUUAUUAAAAUUACUGAUGCAGAAUAUUUGA